AACGUAUCCCCCUGCGGCCGGGUAUCAAUUGUAACAUCGUCGUCGUCGUAGAGCAGGGUCGGGUCAACAGCGACAGCGACAGAUCGAGCAGCUAGACACUUGCCAACGCGUUUGAUUUGUCGUGCACUGCCUCGCCGCCAUGUCCGACCGCUUCAAUGACCCCUCAAAGGAGCUGGAAGACUGCCAAGGCCACAUUGUCCGAGGUAUUCAGGACCAUGCGCUGAUCGGAAAUCUCAAGACAGCCGCCGUCGUCUCUCUGGAUGGAAGCAUCGAGUCGAUGUGUAUCCCCUACUUUGACUCCCCAUCGGUGUUUGCUCGUAUCGUCGAUUGUGACAAGGGAGGACACUUUUCGAUCAACCCGACUUGGAAGUACAAACCGAAACAGGCUUAUGCACCGAAUAGCAAUAUCCUAGUGACAAAGUUUCUCAGUGAUGAAGGGGUGGGCCAGUUGACCGAUCUACUGGUACCUAAAGGCGCCACACAUUCUGGCUCUCAGCGUCGAGCUCCACUACCUUGGCUCAUUCGAAAGGUCGAAUCGAUCCGGGGCAAGGUACCGUUCAGGCUGAAUUGCUCGCCCGCAUUCAACUAUUGCAGGGACAAGCAUACUGCGGAGCUCGUGAAAGAUGAUUCGAUGGUGCCUGGAUGUACGCAUGAGCACAAGGUCCUGUUCAAAUCGAAAGAUCUCGAGCUCGACCUGAGAUACUUGACCUACACCUCGGAUGACAGCGUCAAGCCGCCUCAAGUCGAGCUGGAGAUCGCCGAUAACACUGAGCGUGGACUGCUCGGGCCCAGUUGUAUGGCAACCUUUGAGUUGGAGGAAGGCCAAUGCGUCGUCUUCGUCCUCCGCCAAGUCGACGAAUGGAAGUAUCAGACGGAUCUCCAGGAGGAGAUUGCCAACCCAGACUCAGAACGCAUCAAAGACGUUGGCAUUGAUAGGCAGGCCAUCAUGGAAGCGGCGAGCAGUUUGAGACCGCCAGAGAACCCCCUCAUGACGAUUCGCCUGUUGGAAAGCCUGAUAUCCGAUACCCAAGUCUAUUGGCAGAAAUGGAUCUCUAAAUGUCGGUAUCGUGGCAAGUGGAGAGAGGCGGUCCAGCGAUCUGCUCUGGUUCUCAAGAUGCUUGUCUUUGAAGAAACAGGAGCGAUCAUCGCGGCGCCGACUUUUGCCUUGCCAGAACAUGUAGGAGGAUCGAGAAAUUGGGACUAUCGAUUCUCCUGGGUCAGAGAUACGAGUUUCUCCCUGUAUGCGUUGAUCCGUCUCGGUUUCACGGAAGAAGCCAACGCAUACGUUGAUUUCAUCUUGUCGCGACUCAAGGAUCGCAACUCGGAUGGAUCGCUGCAGAUCGUGUAUACCAUUCACGGUGGAAGAGACCUCGAGGAAAUUGAAUUGGACCACUUGCAAGGUCACAAGGGUUCAAAACCGGUGCGAAUCGGGAAUGGAGCAGCGGAUCAUCUCCAAUUGGACAUCUAUGGAGAGCUGUUGGACUGCAUCUAUCUCGCUCAAAAGUAUUCAAAGCCGUUAGCUUGGGAAUCUUGGGUGGCGGUUCGACAAGUCAUCGACUAUGUGUGCACGCAGGUCGAUUCGCAAGAUCUGUCCAUCUGGGAAGUCCGAGGCAAGAAGAAAAAUUUCUUAUACAGCAAGAUCAUGAUGUGGGUGGCGAUCGAUCGAGGUAUUCGUUUGGCCGACAAACGAUGCCUUCCUUGUCCAAACCGUCAGCACUGGCGAGAGGUGCGAGAUAAGCUGUACGAGGAUAUUCAAACGAAAGGAUGGAAUGCCGAGAAAGGUCAUUUUGGACAAUCUUACGAGGAUUUGGAUGCGCUCGACUCGGCAGUUUUGAUUAUGCCACUGGUCUUUUUCAUCUCUGCAGCUGAUCCACGAUUCACCUCGACCUUGGAGACCAUUCUCAAAACACCCGAGAAGGGCGGGCUCACAGCCAAUAUGAUGGUCUAUCGAUACAACACCGAGACGUCAGACGACGGUGUAGGUGGAGAAGAAGGUGCUUUCUCCCUAUGUACUCUUUGGGCCGUCGAGGCUCUCACCCGAGCAGGAGCGUACAAUCCAUCGUACCUGACCACAGCCGUGAACAUGUUCGAGAGCUUCCUCGGCUAUGGCAAUCACGUGGCAUUGUACAGCGAAGAGAUCUCCAGAGGUGGGGAGGGCUUGGGGAAUACGCCGCAGGGGUUCUCUCAUGUUACAUUGAUUUCCGCAGCGUUUAAUCUGGAUAGGGCAUUGAUGGGGAACAAUGCUUAGUACAUGUACAUUAUAGUGGCGCGUCUUGGAGGUAUCUCACCCAAUCCGAAAUGCCACAGUAUUAUCGUCGCAGAGAUCCGGAU